CAACCAUCACAUCUUCUCUUACCAUCAAAACAACAUCACAACAACCCAACCCAAACCCCUUACCAACCACCACCAUCAAAAUGCAGUUUUUCACCGUCCUUCUCUCGGCCAUUGCCUUCUUCGCCGGCGCUGAGGCCUGCAAGUGCCUUGCGUUCGGCGGCGGCGUCGACUCGAAUGCCUCCCACCAAUGCUGCGACCAACAGCACGGCAGCUGGCGCAACGGCAACGAUUGCGCCGCCAGCUCCAUCUCCGAGCACUUGUCCAACUUCCGUACCUGCUGCAAGAGCAGAGGCUCUCAAACCUCGGACUGCGACUACCCGCACAAGCGCGCGGUUGCUGCCGACACCGAUGUUGUGGUCGAAGACGGCAUCAAGAUUGCCACGGUCGAUGGCGUUGCUCUCACCAUUGUCGAGAGGGCCAAGCGUGCUAUCCCCACCCACUUCUAAGCAAGUGGCGGUGAUGGAUGUGAUAUGAAGUGCCCCUGACGGUACGCAUCGGUGACUUGAACCUCGUCAUCAACACCAAAAAUGAGGAUGGGGCACUUUGUCUUGGGUUCGACGGGGCAUAAAAUGGGUUUUGGUGGAUUGUGAAGCGCUUCUGCAGAAAAGGAGAUGAUAGUCAGUAGGCUUUGAAGAGCGGGAAAGUGUGGCUCUCAUGUGUGGACGCACACUUUGGGCCGCAUGUGACUUUGGGUUCCUGGACAGUCUACUCUAGAUUAGAAUUUCUCCCAUAAGAAACCGAGUCUAGUAUCGUUGACAGCGA